GUUCGCGCUCAUGCCACGUCAGGGUUAUCACACUGUUGUCGUCGGUGCUUCACUUUAGUUUACUCCUAUUCAUUAUCUGGCUCCCACCAUGCUGUGCCUGGGACUGAGCUGUCUGCUGCUGCAUGUGUUCGUGGUGUUUGCGGGUGAGCUCACGUUUGAGCUCCCUGACAACGACAAGCAAUGUUUCUACCAGGAGCUGGAGAAAGACGUGAAGUUUGAAAUAGACUUCCAGGUGAUAACAGGAGGGAACUAUGAUGUGGACUGCUUCGUCACCGAUCCCCAAAACAACGUCUUGUACAACGAGAAGAAGAAGCAGUAUGACAGCUUCUCUCACACCACAGCCAUGAAGGGCGUCUACAUGGUCUGCUUCAGCAACGAGUUCUCCACUUUCACACACAAAACGGUGUACCUGGACUUCAGAUUUGGAGACGAGGACCCUCUCGUGCAGGGCAUGUCGCGAGCCACAGCUCUGACUCAGGUGGAGUCAUCUUGCGUCGCCAUUCAUGAGAGCCUGAAGGUGGUGGCUGACUCGCAGACAAGGUACAGGCUGAGAGAGGCGCAUGACCGCUUAAAAGCAGAGCACCUCCUCGAGAGGGUGACCUACUGGUCCAUCGGCGAGACCGUCCUGCUGUUCGUCAUCGGCCUCGGCCAGGUCAUGAUGCUCAAGAGCUUCUUCGCUGAGAAGAAAGGCUCCGUGGCAGCCACCACUUAGAGCUCGGACACUCGAUGCAUCCUCAGAAAGACAAGACGGAACCUCGUCACUGUCAACACACCAGUGCAUCCGGAGAUAAGCACCCAUCUUCAGCCAAGCUUUUUUGUAGAGGGAUAGUUCUCCUGAACCUGUUUUCUUAUUUUUCCUCCUUCCUCAGUGUCAGAAAAAUACAUGAUUGCCUUUUUAUUGUGUAACCUGUUCCAGGAAGAAAAAACACUUGUACUUGUGUUUAAAAACAUUUAAAUUGACAUCUUUCAGCCUUAUGGAUACUUGAUUAUUUAAUUUUUUUUUUUUUUUUAAAGAAGCACAACAUAAGCAGGUUUAAUUUGAUCUGUUAAUCACCCUCGAGAUUCAUCUGGAUGCUCUGCAAUCAAAUAGAAAGUUGUGGCACACUGAUAGAAACCAAAGAAGUGUUGCUUCUGAAUGUUUGUUUUAUUUGUUUUAUAGCGUCUUACGUUUGUUACUACCUUUAAUUUAUGUGAAAGAAGGUGUUUGUUAGGUGUCGUUUCGCUCCGUCUCCCUCGUGUCCUCCAGCGUCUCAUACAAAGUGCCUCAAGAAAUCCUGCCGAGUUGAGAGUUUACUGUUUUAAUUUGUCUGUUACAUCCUGUUGUUACUGAUUGAUCGAUUGGAUUCUCACUUUUACAUUCAGGUGUAAUUAAUAUGAGUUCAUGACAUUUCAUGAAGAGAUACAUUUAUGGACCAAUAUUAUAGUUUUUUUUUCCACAGAGAAAUGUAUGUUUUCAGUCCAAUUUGUUUACUUGUUUGUAUAUUAUCUGUAAAAAAAUGAAAUUCUGUCUACACUUUUCAGUAAAAGUUGGUUGAAAGUCA